AUGCGCAUUCAGAGCCGCUCCGACUUCCCCACAACUGGACAGUACCUUGCGUAUCAGCGGGACACGUACACGAAUGUGACCGGCCGGGAUCUGCAGCUCGAGGGGGGAAGCACGACUUCCCUCUUCAAAACCAUGAGCGAGACACUCGACCUCGCCCGUACCAACAUCGCGAGCGGCGUCAAGGAGGACGAUUUGAAGCCGAUCAAAGACCUGCUAAAGAUGGCGGACCGUAGUCCGACGGACGUCGCCCAGACGUACAUGCACGACCCGGCCAUGACGAACACGACCGCCCUCAUCAAGGGAACGAGCUACCUCAGGAAAUAUGUCUUGAAGGCAACAGAACACUCCGGCCGCUUCGUUCUCAACGACAGCGCUCGCACAAGGCCGUCCUCAUGGCGGAGGUGCGAUGACGUAUUAGACUACAUUUGGAGGCAGGAAAUGUUGCUGCAGGACAAGACUUCAAAGAUCGAGAAGCUGCAACAACUCCUACACAGUGAAAGGCAACGCACGGAGCUACUGAUUGGAGCAGUUUUGGUAUGCGUCUUCCUCCUCUCUUUCCUGAAAGCGUUGCGGGAUUGGCUUCUGCCGCGGAUCCAUGGCGAGGGCGGGGCCCGGCGCCACAUGGCGCCGGCCAAACCGUCUAGUCGUGUGAAAAACAUCGCAAUCUGUAACGGUCUCUUCGAUCAGGUGUGUCGGCACCGCGCGAUGGCGACCAGCAUCGAGUCGGUCCUCGCGCGGCGCGCGCUGGCGCGGGUCGAGCCCAACCGGCACCCAGGCGAGCGCGCAGGCGACAUCAACUUCGCACCGCUCGCCGAGCCGGUAUUGCGAGUCGCGCACGGCCGCCGCGCAAUGUGCCGUCACCCGGCUCUCUCCGGGCCCGAGUUUGAGCACGGGCUGCCGCUGGAGCGCAGCGCGCCGUGCAAGCGUCGCGUGCUACACAUCGCGCCCUCUCGCGGCCCCUCUCUGCCGACGGAGCCGCCGCAGGUGGUGCGGUGCAAGAGGGCGGAUGCUGGUGCUCGCAGGAGGGAGUCGGUGGCAAUGCUCCCGGUGCCCCGAGCGGCCGCGACCUCGCCCUCGGUGCCGGAUGCGUCGGAAGGGCUGCUCAUCGCAACGCCAAUGCCGAUCGGGACGGCCGCCGCGUCGGAGCGCGUCAAGCACGGGAGCGGCCUCCGGAGGAGAGCGGGACGGCCAUUACGGCGGGCCGGUCACCCCGACGCGCAAUCGGCGGAGGUGGAGCGGGCGCGCGAGUGGAGCCCCGAGGUGGAGGACGCCUUUCGCCUCGCGGAGGCGGGAUACCGCAACCUGGAUCACCUGGCCGUGCUUUGCGGCGGGGAGCCCGAGCGAUGGCCGAAUGGGUUUAUCAAGAAGCUGAGGUGCGCCGCCUCCCUCGGCCGGCCCGCCUCGUACCUCUACUUUCCGUCGCGGCGCGAGUGCUCAGACGCUGUGCUGCACACAGUGAAGCUCUACCGCCGCCGCGCAGAGACGGCGGAGGACUGUUCACAGGGGUGA